CUGCUUCGGCUCGGACGUACUGACAAUUUGGCGCGCACGCCGCGUAACUAAACAAAACCGUUAGUCGGAGGUCAUAAAAACACUUCGAAAGCGAAUGCGAGAAACACGCGUAAAAAACAAAACAAACGAACAAAAGUCUAAUGGAACUACCUACGUACUCCCAGUGUGUGGAAGACGAGCAUAUACUUACAUAUUCUAUGCAACAUACAUAUAUCUAUGCAUAAUGGGAAGGCCUGUAACAAUCAUGUAAAAUAUCUUGAAAGGAAAGGAAAUGAACGUGCGGAAAGCAAUAACACAUAAAAUUAGUAUUAGCAGCAGUAAUAGCAGCAAGAAGAGGCAGAAAUAACGAGAAGCGGAACAAGCUGAAGCGAACCGGAGGGCAUUUUGGACGGUCGGCUGUCGCUGUGGCUGUGGCUGCGGCUGAGGGCGUGGCAGUAGGCGUUGCAUAAAGGAAGAGGCAGCGAUUGCUCCAGUUGCGAAACAUAAAAGUCAAUUAAUGUGCAAUUACAACGGCCACUUGUGAAGCUACAAGCGAGCACGCCAACAAGGCCGAGAUUGAGAGCGAGGACAACGUUGGGGCAGCUGCCCGAGACGAGAGAAACGGAUAAGUGAAGGGAGCGGGCAGAAGCAGCAGCAAAAAUUACUGCAAAUUACACGCACCCAGCAGCACUGGCAACAACAACAACAACAGCAGCUAUAAUAGUGGACGCUACCACCACCUACACACUCACAAACACACACACAUAUAUAGUAUAUAUAUAUAUAUAUACACGGAGAAAAUGACUUUCGUUAACAAGCUGAGCAAAAGCUUCCGCUGGCUACGUUGGUCGACAUUGUGCGCCAUUUUGUUUUAUAUGUUUUUCAUUGGCCUGAUAUUGCAUAGCACCAGCUACAAGCUGCAGCACACACAACAGCUCCAACUCAAGUCGCAGGGCCAUAAUAGUCGCGCCCAGCAGCACUCGCCAGAGGAAUUGGAGCAGCAACACCAACAACAACAACACCAGCAAACGAACAGCGCCGCAUUGUUGCUAACGACUCACAAUUUGGGCAAUGGCAAUGCCCCUGCCGCCGCCCUCAUUGCCAACACAAACGCUAAUACCAACGCCAACGUCAACGCCAACGUCAAAGUGAACGCUGCGCUUCAGGAGAGCUGGCGAGCAAAAGUGCAAGCCAAGAAGAGCGGGACAGCGGCAGCGGAGGCAGCGGGCGGCGGCAAAUCUCCCGAACCGGAAACAGUUAUUUUAGCGGCCAGCAAUGUGAAUGAGAAGCAAAUACUCGGCAAGGCAUUCAAACGCGCUGAUCGUAAUCACGACGGACGUCUGUCCAUACAAGAGUUGGGUCAGUAUAUAAAUCGGCGCAUAGUGGAGCAUAUUGACGAUGCCAUUAUGAAUAAUGCACGUGAAUUUCGACGUGUGGACAUUGCGCCCGCCGAUGGCCUUAUCACGUGGGAUGAAUAUCAUCGCUUCUUUUUGCGUGAGCACGGCAUGACGGAGGCGGAUAUCGAUGAGCAUGACGAGAUAAGACACACGGCCCUGAAUCGCAAAGCUCGUGAGGAUAUGAUGCGCGAUAAGGCGCGGUGGUCGGAGGCCGCACGAACCGAUCUAUUCACGCUCACAAUCGAUGAGUAUCUAUCAUUUCGACAUCCUGAAUCGAGUGUAUCUAAUUUACUGGAGUUGGUCGACGAUCUAUUGCGACAAUUUGAUCAGGAUGGGGAUGAUCAGUUAACUCUGGAGGAGUUCUCGGAUCUAAAUGUGGACGACGAUGACGAUUUGAUGCGUAAAUCGCUCAUCUCGAAGACGUUGGUGGAGCGUCGUGAGGAAUUUAAGCGCAUCAUCGAUAGUAAUCACGAUGGGAAAGCGGAUCGGGGAGAAUUGCUAAACUAUGUGAAUCCGAAGACGCCGCGCUAUGCGCUCCAGGAGGCGGCCACUCUAUUUAGUCUGUGUGAUGAGAACAAGGACGAGUUGCUGACGCUCAAAGAGAUGACUGACAAUGCAGAGAUAUUUUUGCAAUCAAAAAUGAUAGAUACGGCCAACAGUUUUCACACAGAGUUCUAGUUUUAAUCUGAAUGUUAAUUACUUUUUCACAAUUUCACUCGCGACCGUCCCCGAUAGUCCCGUUCACAACGUCUAUAUGCUAUAAUACGAAUGGUAGGACGAAUUUGAAGUACCAAUCGUGUUUACUCUUUGCGCAUUUAUAGUGAUAUUAAUUUGUAAGUUGUUGCACUCAGAUGUUAAUACACAAUAGUAGUAGUAUAAUUUUGUUAGAACUUUGUACUCGUAUCUUUAAGAUUACUUUGUCAAGAGGUAUAAGCAAUGAUAAGCAACUCAUUCGAUGUGUGAUGCUAGAACAGAACAGAAAGGAGAUUAAAAUUCAAUACUCGAAUUAAAUAAAUACGUAAUUUUAUGCAACUA